GGCUAAUGGAGCUGAAUAUACAGGUGAUUAUUAUGGUAGUGAAGAUGAUAUUACUACUACUACUACUACUACUACCAUUUUGAACCGACUUGUUCAAUUUCAUAAAGAUAGAUUAGCCAUCUUUUUAUCCUCAUCAUCAUCAUCCAUGGUUGACUUUAUUCUUUUUGAAACAAUCCCUUCCUAUUUAGAAGUUCAAGCCAUUCGAAAGUUGAUUUUGGACUACUCGUGUCAAGAAGCAGAUGAUGAUGAUGAUGAUAAAAUCUUACUACCCCCUAUCGCUGUCUCCUUUCAAUGUCGUUCAGGUGAAGACAUAGCGGAUGGAACACCUAUGCUGAGGGCUCUUGAAGAUUUAAUUGACUUGGAACUCGUCUUUGCUCUAGGUUUUAAUUGUACUAAACCCAAAUUUGUUCCAGCUUUAUUACAUACGAUUGCACAACCACUUCAGCAUCAUCAAAAGGCCAUCCUGGCUUAUCCCGACGGAGGUGAAGAAUGGGAUAUGAUCACAAAGAGUUGGGAUCCUACUACAAAAUUACCUGAGGCAUCCUUUGGCUCUAUGAUGGCUACCUUUAUAAAACAAUACGGUCCACGUAUCAUAGUAGGUGGUUGUUGUGGUACUCGUCCUUCCCAUAUAAGACAUAUAAAGAAUUUGAAAAAAUAAAUAAAUAAAUAAAUAAAUAAAAUAGUGUAUAUAAUUCAUUUAUAUAUCAUACAUAAUAAAAUUUGG